CCAGGCAACUUAUUAAUUUUAUUUUAUUGUUUUCUUUUUUUUUCAAAUAACAGCAAUAAUGUCAAAAAAUCUACAAACACAAACAAUUUUUUUCCAAAAAAAAAAUGUUAUUUUUCAUCUGGUUUCAUUUGGGCCUUGUAGAAGCUUGUUCAACAAAUUUUGAUAAAACAAUCCCAGCAGUUCCUUGUGAGAAUAAUCUAACGUGUGGUCGUAAUGAGCCACAUAUUAUGUGCGAGUCUCGCCCACCAAAGUGCCAGCCAUUUGAAUCUCUUAAAGUCGGCGCUGAUGAAAUUUAUUACUUUUUACUUGGUCACAAUGGCAUACGGAAUCGAGUGGCAAAACAGUAUAAUAUUGCAAAUAUGAAUAUCGUGCAUUGGAGUGCGCAAUUGCAAACGAGAGCCGAACGUUAUCUAAAAAGAUGUCGCGUGGGACCUGAUUAUUGUCAAAGAAUUGGCCCCCCUGAAACGCAUGUGAAUCAAAAUUAUCACUUUCAUCACGGUAUGAUACAUCAGAAAUGGCCGGCACAUUUGGUACGCAAAUGGUACAAUGAAUUCAACUACCGAGAAAAAUGGAAGAAUUUUAAUAGAAAACGUAGAAGGGGCCUCAUUGGCAACUACUCGCAUUUAAUUUAUCCUACAGUCGAACUGAUUGGUUGUAAUGGCGCAAAUCUCUCCGACGGUUAUCUCUUCGUUUGUUAUUACUGGCCGCGUACAAAGAAGAGAUAUCUAGAAGAUUUUGUUUUUGGUGAACCUUGUUCAAAGUGCAAUCCGGAGUUACCGGCUCGUUCUCGCGUCUUUCGUAGCCUAUGUGGUAUAGAUUUAAAAAUGAUGAUGGUGAAAAAUGGUAGAAUUAUAAGUAGUGCAAUGAGCCUAUUUGAAAGCUUUCGAUAUCAAGCUGUAACAAGCUUUCUUUUACUAAUUUCUAUUACUCGAAAUAUAGCAUACUAUUCAAUAAAACCAUUUUAUUGGACAGCUGUGAGUCUUUUAGAUGCUGUCAAUAUAUUAAGUGUUGCAUGGGAAAGUGUCUCUAAGGAAACCAUAAGAAACUGUUUUCGACAUGCUGGUCUGGUAAAAGACAUUCCUGAUGGAUUAGAUUUCAACCAGGAGGACGAUGAACCUUUAAGCAAAAUUAUCGAAAUUAAUAACGUAGUGGUUUUAAGCAAGUUUGAUGAAUGUUCAAGAAUUGACGAGAAUAUUAUAGCCACAGAAGAACACUCAGACAAUGACUUAAUUCAAGACUUUCUGCAUGAGCUGCUUGAAGAGGACUCCGGUGAUGAAGAUUUAGCACAGCCCGAAACUAUAAUAAAAAUAGAAGACGCUAUGAAUUAUUCCAGGAAACUGAAGCUAUAUUUUCAACAAAAAGAGAAUAGUUCAGAUGCAAUCAAUUUGCUCAAUAAACUCGAAAGCAAACUACAAAAAGAUUUUGCCAAUAAGGCAUUCACCCAAAAGAAAAUCACUGUCUUUUUUCAAAAGACUUAA